AUGGCCGAAUCUGAGUACAAUCGAGAGGAUGAUAGCUUUGAGGAGGAGGAAGAGGUUGAUGACAGUGGCUACAAAUCCGUCAAAGAUGCUGUUUUGUUUGCUAUCGAAGUCAGCGAAUCCAUGUUGACAGCCGCCCCGAACCCUACCUCGAAGAAAGCCCGACCGGAAUCUCCAGCCACCGCGGCCCUGAAGUGUGCAUAUCACUUGAUGCAACAACGUAUCAUAUCAAACCCAAAGGAUAUGAUCGGUGUCUUGCUAUAUGGGACAGAGUCCUCCAAAUUCUACGAUGAUGAUGAAGACGGAAGAGGAAGCCUUCCUUAUCCUCAUUGUUAUCUCUUCACAGAUCUUGAUGUCCCGGCAGCAUCCGACGUCAAGGAGUUGCACGCCUUGGUAGAAGACGAGGAUAGAGCCGCUGAAAUAUUGGUUCCGUCUAAAGAACCCGUAUCAAUGGCAAACGUGCUGUUCUGCGCUAACCAGAUUUUUACGACGAAAGCACCAAAUUUCUCGUCCAGACGGUUGUUCAUCGUCACAGAUAAUGAUAACCCGCAUUCAAAGGAUAAAGUAUUGAAAUCCGCCGCCACAGUGCGUGCAAAAGAUUUGUAUGAUUUGGGUGUGGUUAUUGAGCUCUUUCCCAUUUCCACUCCGGAUCAUGAUUUCGAUACGUCCAAAUUUUACGAUGAUAUGAUAUACAGAGCUUCCCCCACAGACCCAGAAGCACCAAAUUACUCUUGCACUUCCACAAAAACUAGCGGCGCAGAUGGGAUAUCGAUCUUGAACAGUCUUUUGUCUUCGAUCAACUCAAAAUCUGUCCCUCGACGUGCAUUAUUUUCCAACUUGCCAUUGGAGCUCGGGCCAGAAUUUAGGAUAUCCGUCAGUGGGUUUCUUAUAUUCAAGCGGCAAGCACCUGCAAGAAGCUGUUACGUGUGGCUCGGAGGAGAACAGCCGCAGAUUGUGAAGGGUGUGACCACCCUCGUUGCGGAUGAUUCUGCCCGGGAAGUAGAGAAAUGGGAAAUCCGAAAAGCUUACAAAUUUGGCGGAGAACAUGUUGCAUUCACGCAAGAAGAGCAGAGUGCUUUAAGAAAUUUCGGCGACCCGGUCAUUCGCAUUAUCGGGUUUAAGCCAAUGUCGUCGCUUCCGAUCUGGGCGUCAACCAAGCACUCAACAUUUAUAUACCCUUCCGAAGCAGGGUUCGUCGGCUCUACUCGUGUGUUUUCGGCCUUGCAGCAGACACUUCUGAAGCAGAAAAAGUUCGCCCUUGUUUGGUUUGUCGCUCGGAAAAAUGCAGCUCCUGUGAUGGCAGCGUUGAUCCCCGGUGAGGAAAAGCUGGAUGAUAAUGAUGCCCAGGUUAUUCCUCCAGGCAUGUGGAUUCAGCCUCUGCCCUUUGCAGAUGACAUCCGCCAGAACCCUGAGACUCAUAAUAUUGUUGCACCCGAACCUUUGAUCGACAAGAUGAGGGAAAUCAUCCAAGUAUUACAACUUCCCAAGGGGCGGUAUGAUCCGCAGAGAUACCCAAAUCCAUCACUACAAUGGCACUACCGCAUUCUUCAAGCUCUGGCUCUUGAUGAGGACUUACCAGACCAGGCUGAGGAUAAAACUAUCCCCAAAUAUAAACAAAUUGAUAAGCGUGCUGGCGAGCAUGUUCUCGAAUGGGGCGAAGAACUGGAAACCCAGAACAGACUACUCGAAAACUCGAAGCCGAUUACUUCCACCUUAGCCAAACGGCCGGCACCUAGCAGAAAGGCAGAAGGCGACGAACGAGCCACUAAACGAGUGAGAGCAGAAAGCACAGGAGACGCGGAAGUAAAGAUGCACUAUGAGAAAGGGAGUUUGAAUAAGCUUACAGUGACGAUUCUGAAAGACUUUUUAUUAAGCCAUAACCUUUCAGGGACUGGCAAAAAGGCUGAUCUAAUUGAUCGGGUUGAGGAGUUUUUUGACAGGAAGUGA